ACAGAAUGAAAAUGAGAUUACUGUUUCAAGACGUUGUUUGGUUUGGUUUUUUGGUUUUAUAGUUCAGUUUGAUAGCUUUGCUUUCAAAAUAUAAUGAACAUGCAUCUUGUUAGGACUUUUGGCAGACAAGUAUGGCAGAAUUCAUACAAUAUCAAGAAUUAUCCCGUGAAAUGGAUAGUUUUGAGUCAUCGCCUAGCUUCAAAAGGCGGUGUACUUGCAACCCAUACCAGGCAUAGUUGUGUGCUAGUUUCCUAUACCAGUUUUAGAACUUCCAGUAAAUUUGGUAAGCGGCUAUUGAUCGAAAAUCGAAUUUCAUUGCUUCUGAAUACACACAGGAUUUUUCACACUAGUCAGUAUCGCAAUGCCAUUCCUGCCAUAGGCCCGUUGUUGCUCAAACUAGCUUCUCCGUUGUCACGCAUUAGCGCAGUUCUACUGGGCAGACAGCUUCGUAAAUGGUGGAGAAGCUUACCAGAAAAUCAGAGAAAAAUAUUUUUUCUCGGUGUCCGAAGGAGAACUGACAAAAUCAUAAUUAUAGUCUUCAGCACAAUAGGACUGUGUUUUGCAUAUUACAAUUACCACCUAGAAGAGAAUGAUUUGACUGGAAGAAAGCAGCUGAUGAUCAUGAAUGACCACCAAAUCAAGGAAAUAGCAGAGAAAGAAUUUAUUGCUUUGAGUAAAGAUUUAGCAGACUCUUAUUUACCAGCCAAUCAUCCAAGUCAUAUCAGAGUGGCCAAGAUAGCAAAACAAAUUCUUAACAACAAUAUCUGUCCAGAAGUUACAAAUAAGUCAUGGAAAAUAAUUGUAGUUGACAGUGAUGUUAUAAAUGCAUUUGUUCUUCCAAAUGGUGAAAUUUUUGUUAUGACUGGCAUGCUAGAGGCAGCACAAAAUGAUGAUGAACUAGCAGGCGUAUUGGGUCAUGAGAUAGCUCAUGUCCUACUAAAGCACCCAGCAGAACAAUUGAGCUUCAGUGGUUUUGCAAGCAUAUUUAACUUGAUAAUCAUUACUUUGUUAUGGACUGUUAUUCCAACAGAUGCUAUUGCCAUUUUCUUGAACCUUCUUGAAAGCAAGUUACAAGAUAUAUUGAUACAUUUACCAUACCAGAGGGAUUUAGAAAAAGAAGCUGAUUGUAUUGGACUAUACCUUGCAGCUAGAGCUUGUUUUGAUGUUAGAAAAAUAUCAAAUUUUUGGAAAAGGAUGGAUAAACUUGAAGAAGACCAAAGCCCAGCUGAGUGGCUUUCUACCCAUCCCUCUCAUUCGAGGAGAGCAAACUGGAUAGAAGAUUGGAUGCCUCAAGCUCUUGAAAUGCGUAGGAGCAACAAAUGUCCAGAAAUGAUACCAUUUUAUGAGAGAGUAAAACAUGUACUUGGAAUCUUGUAAUAGUUUUUAUUCUUUUUUUUAAUCACAACAUUUAGCAAGAUCAAAUUCAGCACCAGAUUCUAUUGAAUCCGAGAUAAUAAAAAAAAGACCAAUAACAAAAGACACUUUUUGGAUUGGAUUAAGGUUUUUGUGAUUUUUGCCAAUCUUUUGUAACA